UGUUGUGUUCACAUUUUGUAUUUUCAUUCUUUUCUUUUUCGCACUACUUCGACUGGGCACAUGCGUUUUGCUGUCAAUUCAUAAUAAAAAAUUUAUAUUACGCCUGCAUUUUAUUCAUAUAGAUAGACACAAAAUGGGUAAAGGCAAAAAAGCUUUUAUUGAUCGUAAAAAAGCAGUGACGUUUCAUUUGGUACACAGAAGUCAGCAUGACCCUCUAGUAGCCGAUGAUACUGCGCCGCAGCGAGUACUUGUAGAAGCAGUGUCUCAGAACCAAGCAAAGGCUACUGCCAACCCUGCUGACUUAGCUAAGCGUCGUGAGGAGCAACAAAAAUUUGGUAUUUUUUAUGAUGACGACUAUGACUACCUACAACAUUUGAAAAAGCCCGAACAGGAAGUUGUUUGGGAAUAUGUAGAAAAUCCAAAUCAUGCACGUAAGCGUAUUGAUGAAGGAAAAGUUACAACACCACCGAAAUUGGCACUUCCAAGCUCAGUAUUCGCUUCAGAAUUUGAAGAAGAUGAGGGUAUGCUGAAUCGGGCAGCUAUCGUGCCAGGUCCGAGACCAGAUUGGGAUCCAGAUGUAGUUGCAGCUUUGGAUGAAGAUUUUGAUUUUGAUAAUGAAGAAAAUGUGCUGGAAGACGAUUUUGUUGUGAAGGCAAUGGCUGAAGGUGAUGAUGAUGGUGAUGAUGAAUACGAAGAUGACGAUAGUGAAGAAGAAGGUUUAUCAGAUGUAGAUGAAGAGAAUGAGGAAAAAGAUUUUGAUUCGGACGAUUUGAACGGCAGUGAUGAUGACGAGGAAGACGAUGAAGAAUUAAUGGAUCGCCUCGGACCAUUGCUAAGGGAUCGCCGUUUCAACGAUGAAGAAACCAAAUCUCGUUUCACGGAGUAUUCUAUGUCUUCAAGUGUUAUAAGACGAAAUGAACAAUUGACAUUACUGGAUGACCGUUUUGAGCAUUUCUAUGCCACAUAUGAUGAUCCAGAAUUGGGUGAUCUAGCAUGUGAAGAAAUCGAAGGUGAUUGGGACCAAAAACAUAGAGUUUUGAUGGCAUGUUAUAGAGAGCACAAACGUGGCAAAAGAGUGGAACCAUAUAAAAAAGAAUGGGAUCGAGAACGUGUUGAUAAAUAUCGUAAUAUUGUCGAAGGCGAACAAGACCCAAAUGAAGAAUUAAUUGAAAUAGAGAUGAAUGAUGAUAAACAGAAAAAAUGGGAUUGUGAAUCUGUACUAUCAACAUAUUCCAAUAUAUACAAUCACCCAAAACUUAUUGAAGAGCCAACACGUAGAAGCCGCAGGAGUAGUAAAGCUGAAUCAAGUGAUGGUCCCAGCAAAAUAGAAAUUGAUCCAAAAACAGGGCUGCCAACAAAUGUUCUACGUAAUGGCGAUAAUAAUCAACUUACGGAGAAAGCACUAGCAAAACUGGAUAAUGGUGCAUUUUCAAGUGGAGGACCUAAAUCAUUAUGUAAUAAAUCGUUAAUUUCUACUUUAAGUGUACUUUCUAUCAGACCAAAGGAUGAAACACCUGAGGAAAAACGUGAACGUAAACGUUUGUUAAAGGAAUACCGACUGGAACGACGUAUAGAGCGGAAAGCAAAUACUGAGGCAUUCAAAGAAGAGAAAAAGCGCCAAACGCACGUUAAGAUCAAUCAAAAUUGCAAUCAACAGGGCAGCAAAAUCGUAUAAAAUUGGUUGUAAAAUAAUUUUCAGCUAUUAAAUAAAAAAAUGUAAAAAAAUUU